CCGGCUACAGUCGCCUCCCAUCCCCCCGACCCCGUCCUCUGCCGGCUACAGUCGCCUCCCGCCACGUCCCCUACUCCAGCAGAUCGACGCCGCCGCCCAGCUCGACCUCGUCCCCCGUCCCGCGGCCGUAUCCUUCCUUGGAUCGACAUGCAGGGCGACGAUGGAACAAACAAGGCGUGGACAGGGGAGAAGAGGCGCCGCAAGCACCUGCCCCCAUCUCCUGCAACUGCCCACGACCACGCGGCAGACAUGGAGGAUGCCAUCCAAGGGCACCAAGGUUCGAUUUCUCAUGCGACAGACAUGGAGCUGCUGCUCAGAACAGAUUCGGCAGAAGGAGAAAGAUACGGGCCGGACGUCCUUAUCAGCGAGGAAGGCCAUGGAGACAUGGAGGACACCAUCCAAGGGGGUCAAGAUCCGAUUCCUCAUGCGACAGAUAUGGAGGGCAUCAUCCAAGGGGGGCAAGAUCAGAUUUCUCAUGCGACAGACAUGGAGGACACCUUCCAAGCGGGCCAAGAUUAUGAUCUUCUGCUGAACACAGAGCCGGCACAAGAAGAAAGCGAGCAGCGUUUCGGGCCGCACUUCCUUAUCAGCGACGAAGACCGUGCCAAGUAUUCUCAACUUUUGCUUGCCAAUAUUCAGACGGAGGACGAUUAUCCUACUGACCUGCCACUUUAUCUGACAUGGGAGGAACGGCACAAGAUAAAAGCGCGCUUUGCACGCUAUCGCAUCGCUCAUUACAAGGUUGUAAAUCCAGAGCGCGCACGUGAACUCAAGGAACCAGAAGAAUACACUGAUGAGGAACUUCUCCGCGAGUCAUACUUUGAGGCAUUAGAGAAUGAUGAAAAUUUUGAGUGGUACACCCAUCUUGAUGACAUCCAGAACAUUGAAUUGAAUGACUACCAACGGAUUGUUCCUCGCAAUUUUCUGCCUGAUACGAGUGAAAUCCUGUACGGCUAUCACGAUGAGUACCGCUCGCGUUAUCAUACAUAUAAAAUUGAUGAUGCUUAUGUCAAGUACUAUGCAGAAAUUUCAAAGAAAAUCAAGUGGAUUGCAGAUUAUUUGCAUCUGGAUCACAGGACUAAGGAUUGGAUAAAAUGGGAUACUAGAGCAUGGAGGCAAGCAUUGAGGAUUGCAACCGGCAUUCCUCAUAUGACUGCAGAUUUAGCUGGUUAUGCUUAUGAUGAGUACAUUAUGGAGCUGAAAAUGGAUGCGUCCCUCAAGGACAUAGAUCUCCUCUAUUUUGAGAUCUGGAGGCUUGUCUAUAAAGGAUAUAGAACUUACAAAGAUGCUGUGAGGGAAGUAUAUGAGUCUGACAAUUUCCAUGUGCACAAACCAAAACUACGUGCUGAACUCAAUGGGGGCGCAUGCCUCUUUGUAACAAUGCAACAAACGAUUUACUCUAUUGCCCUGGAGGGUGGCAUUAAGCGGACUGAUGAAGAGGAAAAGGCUCGGGCUGUGUUUAAUGAGUUAUCUUUCACUAGGCAUAAAUCAAUGAACAUGGCUGACUAUGCUAAGAAGAAGGUGGAGAUAGCAGAUCAGUUGAAGUUGGACAAAAAGGGUGGAUUUGUUCCCUUUAGACCCUACGAUUGAGCAAGGAAAAAACUAGAUUUGUCCCUUUUGGCCUGAAAUGAGCCGUUGUUUUCUCAUAUAACAGCAAGACGGAAGUAUUACGAAGAUUGUAUUACAUACAUAACUAGCCCAGCUCAGCAGUCUGACAUUGUGGAUGAUGAUUGGCUCAUGUUUUUAAAUUAGUGGACAUCCCCUGUUGUAAUGUUAUUCACUAGUACGUAUGUGUGAUGCUUGGUUUGUUUUUUGUACUUGCCAUCAAUAAUAGUAAGAUAGUGGUCACAUAAUGAGCAGGUCUUUUUUGGACCUGUCUGAGUAGCAAUAUACUAGUAUUAUGCAAUGGAUGUAUGUUGGAGUGAAAGGAUCAAUCACUUGAUUCAUGUUGAAAAGUCACUUGCUGUCCCAAA